AUGGAAUUUGAAAAAACAAAAUGCGCGGCCGGAAUCGAUUCGAUGCGGGAGGAGGAGGUGACGGGCGGCCUCCUGAGGCGGCCUGCUUCUUUUGCUGACGGAAAGACUGGCGUGGUCGUGCCGACGAGCAGCGAUUCGUCCUACGCGCAGUGGGCAAAAGACAAUCCGCUCGCCAAUAACCUGGGCAUUGCCACCGUCAAGACGGCUUCGGCCGACCUGCUGGCGCAGCUUGUCAUUGCGCAGACGCCCGUCGCGGAGCUCGACUAUUCGCGCCUGCUGCUCUUUGCCUCGUUUGGGCUCGUCUACCUCGGUGGCUUCCAGUAUCUGUACCAGGUCUUCAAGCGCCUCUUUGACGUGGACGCCUUCACCUCGCAGCCGUGGGCGGACAAGCUGCGGGACGGGCCGGGGCUGCGCGCGCUCGCGGCGCAGACGGCACCUUCGCCCGCCCCCAGUCCGCGUCCAGCUGCAGGGUCUCUCUCCUCACCGCCGCUGUGUGGGCAGGCGCUCGACCUGGCCGUGCUCUCGCUCAUCUACCUACCGACCUUCUACGUCUUCAAGGCCGCCGUCUUCUCCGACGCGGCCACGGGAUUCGAGCCCGCCGGCUGCAUCUCCUCUGGGAUCGAGAAGUACCAGGCCAACUUUGCAAAGGCGCGCGGAGAGCCCGGCCCUCGCCUCUCGCAAACCACGAGACGCCCACUCGCCUCCCGCCUCCCCAAAGGACGAGUGCCGCUCUACCUGCGGCUGCCAGUGCGGCACGUCGUCUCGUUCGUCUGGACGGCGUACCUCUCAAACCUCGAGACAUGA